GGGAAAUUGGGAACGCCGUGCCCGAAUCUUUCGGAAGUUCCGGCAGGGCCAUGGGCGGCUCUUCCUCUCGAGAGAGAGGCUCCACCCAAGAGGCCAGAGCCCAGCUCAAGGCACGCCCGAAGAUGAGGCACGACGAAGACAGGAGAAGGAGGAUGAGGCUUUUGCUCGCCAGCUCUGGAUGGAGGAGAUGUCGACAUCCUUUGGCCUUCCAGGAGCAUCAGAAUCUUCCAGCUCCAGUCGCCUUUCGCCGCAAGGCGUUCUCCUGCGCGCUUCCUGCCCUGCUUGUGGUUUCGCAAAUCAGUUUAGCCCAGCGCUGGGUGCCCAUGGGCAAAUGCGGGUGCAAUGCAGUCAAUGCUCCGAACAGUUCCAGGCUGCCCUCCCGGAGCCCGCGCCCCAGGACAGCGGACGGACCGCGUCGGCUCCGACGGGCGAGCAUCCGGUUCGGGCCCGCCCAGCCCUGCAGCUGUGCCGGCGGUGUGGUACGUUGAACAGCAGUUUUCCUCCGCCGGUCCCGGGGCAACAAGUCCGCUGCGGGCGCUGCGGCCACGUCAGCGAGGCGGAGCCACGGGAGCGGCACCGGCGCCCGGUGGACCGGCCACAGCGCGCCCUGCUGGAAGCGCUCCUCAGCGAGCAGCCCCAAGCGCUGCGGGGGAUGAGUGGCCCAGUGGUUCGCAUUCCCAUCGACGGGCAGCGACAAGCAAUCCCGCUGGCCCUGCUGGCAGCGUUGAUGGCUGCAGCUGAGGCAGACAAGUCAAAUCCUGCCAGAAGAUCAGAUGUAGCUGCCCUACCUACGCGCAAGUUGGCAAACUUGGACCACCUGGGCGAGCAGACGAAGUGUUUGAUUUGCCUGGAGGAGUUUGCUGACGGCGAUGAGCUGAAAACGCUUCCCUGCUUGCACUUCUACCAUCAGAAGUGUGUAGAGCAGUGGCUUGACACGGACAACUCCUGCCCGGUUUGCAAGACACCAAUCGGGCAAGAGGCUCGAACUGGGGAAGUUCCCGAAAGUUAAAUUCGAUCAACGAGAAUCCAAAAUGUCAAAC